CCAAAAUCGAAUACGAAUAUGGCGCAGAAUACGCGCAACUCCGAUUUAUCGCAGAUAGCGGUCAAUGCCAACAAUAUACCCGAUGACAGCGUCGAUUGCGGCAUCAAGGGUCUGGGCUGGUGUCGCGGUCCCGGGUGCCAGAAAUACGCCCGCCUGCGCACCUUCAUCCUGGUCCUGGCCAUCUCGGGAACCCUCCAGGGCGCCUGCGAAUCCUACUUCCGCGUUUCGGCCAAACAGGCCGCCUUCCAAUUUGGCUACAGUCCGCUGCUAGUCGACUGGCUGCUGGUGGCAAGUGGAUUGUGCCAGGCGGUCUUUGCACUGGCCUUUACCUACUGGGCGGACGUCUAUCAUCCCAUCAAAUGGCUGGUGGGAACUCUGAUGCUGCAGGCAGUCACCUGCGUGGUGGCCGUCAUUCCCUCCAUCAUGAACUUUGCCGAGGGCUACAAGGCGAAGGACGCCCUGCUGGAUGCCAAUCUGUGCGCCACAUCGCUGGCGCAGUUCCAGCGACUCACGCUGACCGAGGCUCAGAGCAGCAGCCUCACCCUCGCGAUGCUCUUCGUCCUUCAGCUGGCCCUCGGAAUGGGUGGGCUGGCCUACUACACCCUGGGCGUGAGCUACAUCGACGACAACUCCCUUUCGCAGGACAGUCCGGCGGUGAUAGCGGCCGCCCUGGCAGCACGCGUCUUUGGCCAGCAGGCGGGCUCCUUCCUGGUCCUCGGCGUGGGUCUGACCAAUGUGGGCUGGUGGCUGGGCUGGGUUAUACUCGCCCCCUUCAUAUUCGUGGGCGCCGUACUUCUGGGACUCUUUCCCAAGCGGCUGCCCAAGACGGUGAUCCACCAGGCCGCCCAGCGGAUCAUCGAGCAGUCGAAUAUGCGCAACUUUGGCAGCCAGUUCUCCACCUACCUGGAUGACUCCGACUUCUGGCCAUCGCUGAAGCGGCUCUUCAACAACCGCCUGCUGAUGGUCAACCUGCUGAGCAUCAUGUGCGUGCAGAGUGCGGUGCUGAACUACGGCCUGCAGGAGGAGAGCUAUCUGCAGAGCCGCUUCUUCCUGCCCUACAACGAACAGGAUGGCCUGACGGCCGAAUGGCGGUCCGCCUUCGUGUCCUACUUCCUCAAGCCGCCGGUGAUGGCGGUGGGCAUGCUUGUGAGUGGCCUGAUCAUCUCGAAGGCCCAGCUGUCGGCUCGCAAGAUCACCGGCAUCAAUGUGGCCCUUAGCCUCCAUUUGGUGGCCAUUUUCGUGGGCCUCGUCUUCGUGCAGUGCGAUGUGGGCGCCAUUGCGGGCGUGGAGGGUGGCAAGUUGAAGCAGCCCUACUGCUCCAGCCAGUGCCUCUGCACCCCGACGGCCUUCAUGCCCGUCUGUCCGGAGAACAGUGCGGUGACCUACUUCUCGCCCUGCUACGCGGGCUGCACCAAGGAGACGACCAUCAACAGCUUUCAGCUGUUCGAGGGCUGCAGCUGCAGCGGGGAUCAGUCGCUGAACUCCACCGGCCAGAUGAGGGCCACCGCCGGGGCCUGCAGCGCCAACAGCUGCCAGUCGGCCAUCAUCAUCUUCCAGAUCAUGAGCAUUUCGGUGGCCUUUCUGAUGGGCGUCGGUGUGAUUGGCAAGACGCUAAUCACCCUGAGAGCCGUUCUGCCCCAGGAUAAAUCAUUGGCCCUGGCCUUUGAACUUAUGAUCGUGGGACUCUUUGCCUAUGUACCAGUGCAUCUUAGCUACGAUAUUGUCACCCGUUCUACCUGUGUCUACUGGGCUCCCAACUACGAGCGCUGUCUGCUGCGAGAGACGCCCAAGCAUGGCAACAUCCUGGACAUCCUGACCGCCUCCUUGAUCCUGGCCAGCGUGCUCUUCGACAUUCUCGUGUACAUCUUCGCCAAGGGUUUGAAUCUGUACAACUGCAAGGUGACGGACAACAACUACACGCCCUCCCUGUACGCUCCCAUUCCGCACGAGGAUGCGACCACGUCGCCCAGUGCUCCUCGCGGCGGCAGUCCAGUGACCACCACCACCACCUCCUCGCCCAUGCAGCGCCGUGAUGCACAGGCACAGGAGCCUCAUCCCGCACAGACGGCGGUCUUCAGGAAUCCCAGUUCGGUGACCACUUCGUCGGGCGGAGCCCAGAGCAUUGUGGAGCCCAACGAGAGCGGGGUCACCUAUGCGCAGGUGGUCUUUCCGCCGGACAGACGCAAGCCGGAUGACGGCAGCACCAGUCCAAAGCGUUUGGCCGUCCCGGCCAAUGUGCCACUGCACCUGCUCUCCGAGUCGGAUGUCCGCAGCCAGCUGGGCAACCUGAAGUCCUUCACGGCUCCCAAACAGGAGGCGGACCGGGGCCAGGAUACGGUGGACACCGACGAUGUGGUGGUCACCCAGCCACAAGCGGUUGUUCAACCGCAGGUCCAAGCAGUCCAUCCGCAGGUUCUGGCGGAGAUCCCUCCAGCUAGCAGGGUGGCACAAGCGAACCAGCAGCCGCAUCCCGAUGACGCCAGGCCACAAAGUCCAGAAACGGACUUCUGAGGAGGCCCCUCCAAGUAUUCUAAAGUGUUUAUACCACAUUCCUUAGCCUAAGAACGAUCCAAUGUGCCAAUUCAAUUCAUUUGAACAAAUAAAGUUAUCUUUCAUCCCA